CUUCGAUCUGUCCCGCCGGAACCCGCAGGAGGACUUCGAGCUGAUUCAGCGCAUCGGCAGCGGCACCUACGGCGACGUCUACAAGGAAGGCCCCUUUCCAGGCCAGUCUCAAGAAACUCUGGGAGGAGGAUAUAGCACUGACCAAGGGUGAUAGAAACUCUUUGUCCAACUUCCUUGCUUCAGCACUAAAGAUCUGUGUGAGAUUAUCAUGCGAAAAUACAAGCUAUCGCACCAAAAUGUGGUACCUGAAAAUAAAAUUCUUCAGCACCGUAAACAAAAUCCAAAACUAUGGCAUGAUUUUAAAAUGUUGAGAAUUGGAGAGAGUAUCAUCUUAUUUGAAGGAGAUGCUAAAAAAAGAUGAGGCUUGAAGGACAGAUAUAAAGGAGAAGCCUAACAGAGAAAAGGCACGGAAUGUUAACACUGGUGAAUUAGCAGCAAUAAAAGUAAUAAAAUUGGAACCAGUGCUUUCCACAGAUCAGCUUUAUUCUAAGGCUGGCUCCCUUUGAGGUUGCAAUGAUGACUACUGAUAACUCUCAGGGAUACCCCAAGAAAGAGAGCUUUUGUCUUCUAACCGUAAAACUCAAGUCCUGGGUUCAGUCUGACUAGAUCAACUUUGAUUGCAUGUCGCCUUUUCACUAGAUUGGAGAAAAGCAUAAUUUUGGGGAGAAGAUUUUGCAGUUGUGCAGCAAGAAAUUAUUAUGAUGAAAGACUGUAAACACCCAAAUAUUGUUGCUUAUUUUGGAAGCUAUCUCAGGCGAGAUAAACUUUGGAUUUGCAUGGAGUUUUGUGGAGGUGGUUCUUUACAAGAUAUUUAUCAUGUAACUGGACCUCUGUCAGAACUGCAGAUUGCAUAUGUUAGUAGAGAAACACUACAGGGAUUAUAUUAUCUUCACAGUAAAGGAAAAAUGCACAGAGAUAUAAAGGGCGCUAACAUUCUAUUAACGGAUAAUGGUCAUGUGAAAUUAGCUGAUUUUGGAGUAUCUGCACAGAUAACAGCUACAAUUGCCAAACGGAAGUCUUUCAUUGGCACACCAUAUUGGAUGGCUCCAGAAGUCGCAGCUGUUGAGAGGAAAGGGGGGUACAACCAGCUCUGUGAUCUCUGGGCGGUGGGAAUCACUGCCAUAGAACUUGCCGAGCUGCAGCCUCCUAUGUUCGACUUACACCCAAUGAGAGCAUUAUUUCUAAUGACAAAAAGCAAUUUUCAGCCUCCUAAACUAAAGGAUAAAAUGAAGUGGUCAAACAGUUUUCAUCAUUUUGUGAAAAUGGCACUUACCAAAAAUCCAAAAAAAAGGCCUACUGCUGAAAAAUUAUUACAGCACCCUUUUGUCACACAACCUUUGACACGGUCUUUGGCAAUUGAGCUGUUGGAUAAAGUGAAUAAUCCAGAUCAUUCCACUUAUCAUGAUUUUGAUGAUGAUGAUCCUGAGCCACUUGUUGCUGUACCACAUAGAAUUCACUCAACAAGUAGAAAUGUGAGAGAAGAAAAAACACGCUCAGAGAUAAACUUUGGCCAAGUAAAAUUUGAUCCACCCUUAAGGAAGGAGACAGAACCACAUCAUGAACUGCCCGACAGUGAUGGUUUUUUGGACAGUUCAGAAGAAAUAUACUACACUGCAAGAUCUAAUCUGGAUCUACAACUAGAAUAUGGACAAGGACACCAGGGUAGUUACUUUUUAGGUGCAAACAAGAACUGUAUUCUAUAUAACGAAUCAUUGGUAAGGAGUCUUCUCAAGUCUGUUGAAGAAGAAUUACAUCAGCGAGGACAUGUGGCACAUUUAGAAGAUGAUGAAGGGGAUGAUGAUGAAUCUAAACAUUCAACCAUGAAAGCAAAAGUUCCACCUCCUUUGCCACCAAAGCCUAAGUCCAUCUUCAUACCACAAGAAACUCAUUCUACUGAGGAUGAUAAUCAAGGAACAAUCAAGAGAUGUCCCACGUCAGGGAGCCCAGCAAAACCAUCCCACGUUCCACCUAGACCACCACCUCCCAGAUUACCCCCGCAAAAGCCUGUUGCCUUAGGAAAUGGAGUGAGUUCCUUCCAGUUAAAUGGUGAACGAGAUGGCUCAUUAUAUCAACAACAGAAUGAACAUAGAGGCACAAACCUUUCAAGGAAAGAAAAGAAAGAUGUACCAAAGCCGAUUAGUAACGGUCUUCCCCCAACACCUAAAGUGCAUAUGGGUGCAUGUUUUUCAAAGGUUUUUAAUGGAUGUCCCUUGAAAAUUCACUGUGCAACAUCAUGGAUAAACCCAGAUACAAGAGAUCAGUACUUGAUAUUUGGUGCCGAAGAAGGGAUUUAUACUCUGAAUCUUAAUGAACUUCAUGAAACAUCAAUGGAACAACUAUUCCCGCGAAGGUGUACAUGGUUAUAUGUAAUGAACAACUGCUUACUAUCAAUAUCUGGUAAAGCUUCUCAGCUUUAUUCGCAUAAUUUACCAGGGCUUUUCGAUUAUGCAAGACAAAUGCAAAAGUUACCUGUUGCUAUUCCAGCACAUAAACUCCCUGACAAAAUACUGCCAAGGAAAUUUUCUGUGUCAGCAAAAAUCCCUGAAACCAAGUGGUGUCAGAAGUGUUGUGUUGUAAGAAAUCCAUACACAGGCCAUAAAUACCUAUGCGGGGCACUUCAGACUAGCAUCGUCCUAUUAGAAUGGGUUGAACCAAUGCAGAAAUUUAUGUUAAUUAAGCACAUAGAUUUUCCUAUACCAUGUCCACUUAGAAUGUUUGAAAUGCUGGUAGUUCCUGAACAGGAGUACCCUUUAGUUUGUGUUGGUGUCAGUAGAGGGAGAGAUUUCAACCAAGUGGUUCGAUUUGAGACUGUCAAUCCAAAUUCUACCUCUUCAUGGUUUACAGAAUCAGAUACCCCACAGACAAGUGUUACUCAUGUAACCCAGCUGGAGAGAGAUACCAUUCUUGUGUGCUUGGACUGUUGUAUAAAAAUUGUAAAUCUCCAAGGAAGAUUAAAAUCCAGUAGAAAAUUAUCAUCAGAACUCACCUUUGAUUUCCAGAUUGAAUCAAUAGUUUGCCUACAAGACAGUGUGCUAGCUUUCUGGAAACAUGGAAUGCAAGGUAGAAGUUUUAGAUCUAAUGAGGUAACACAAGAAAUUUCAGAUAGCACAAGAAUUUUCAGGCUGCUUGGAUCUGACAGGGUCGUGGUUUUGGAAAGUAGGCCAACCGAUAACCCCACAGCAAAUAGCAAUUUAUACAUCCUGGCGGGUCAUGAAAACAGUUACUGAGAAUUUUGUGCUUUGACAGUUAACUAUAGAAAGAAAGAACACUACCGCUGCAACAUUAAUGGAUGCUUGAAGCUGUACAAAAGCUGCAGUAACCUGGCUUCAGUUACUUUGUAAUUUAUUGUGGCAUGAGACAAGAUGGGGAAAUUUUUUGUUUUAAGUGGUAUGGAUAUGUUUAGCAUAUUGAACCACACAAGUGCUUAAUUCAUUGUUAUGUAAUCUUUGUACAUAUAGGCAGUAUUUUUCUGUGAAACUUCAUAUUGCUGAAGACAUACACUAAGAAUUUAUGUAGAUAAUGUACUUUUAUGAGAUGUACAAGUAAGUGUCUUAUCUGUACAGAUGUAAAUGUUGACGAAAAUGCAAUUGGGGUUAAUAUUUUAAGAAUUCUUUAGUAUAUUCUUGGGUGUGGUUAUAUUACAAAAUGGGAUGCUGGCAAUGAAACAGUACAUUUAACACUAUUGUAUUUUUAUUAUAUGUAAUUUAGUAAUAUGAAUAUAAAUCUUGUAACUUUUAAAAUUGUAAUGGAGGCUUUAAUCAUUUUAUAAUCUUGUUUUUAAUUUUAAUGCAAGUACACUGGUGUUUAUAUUUGCACAAAGUAUUGAUAUGUGAUGUAUUAAGUCACAAAAGUAAGCUGUGACAUUGUCUAUAUGCAUUUGGCUCCCCAACAUCUUUUUUAAAUGUAUUUGGAUUGUUUUCUAUCUGAAACAAACCAACUACAAUUAACCAUCUGUUGUAGUAACUGGUCUUUUCAUAGUUAAGCAGAACCCUGUAAGAUUGCUUGUCUGUGCUUAAAAACAAUACUUUUGAAAAAUUUUGAAUCACAGAAUAGCGGUACUGUGAUGUAACAUUGCAGUCGUUGUCUGAAUUACAGUAUGCACAAGAAUAAAUUAGCAGCAUUAAAGAGUUCACACUAAACAUUUCAUAUAAUCACAUUGAAGAACUAUAACAUUCCAUAGAGUGAAGUGGUUCAAAUUUCUUGUGGAAUUUUUACUUUUGUUGACCUUAUUUUAUGAUCUUUUUCAUAUUCCUUUUGAUUUAGGAUAUUAACACAUGGCCAAAAUAAUUUAGUUACUACCUCAUACAGACAAUAUAAUGGUUACUACGCAUCACAGGAACUUAGUUUUGCUUUAAGUCAUUUUUGAUUGCUUUUUUCCAAUGGAAUAUGUAUAUACCAAGUUUUAGUAAAAUGCACACUUUUGGCUCUUUUUGGUAUAUGUUCUUUAUAUUUUAAUGUGAGUAUAUACACUAAGAACAAACUAAAUUGUGAUUUAUGGUCUUCAUUUAUUUUAAUUGAUAAUGGUUUUAAAUAUGUUCCUGAUUGUACAUAUUGUAAAAUAAACAUGUUUUUUAACAUGCUGUUGUAUAGUAGCUUGUCAUCUGGCUUAAUCUGUAUACAGAACACUAAAAUAUAUUAAGGGGAGAACUGUAUAUAAUUGUUUUGUAUUUAUAUUAUGAAGUUCACAGUUCUGGUCCCUCAAAUCAUGAUUUUUAUUUGAUCUGAUCUCAAUUUCAUGACGUAGUAAUACUAUUCCCCCAUUUGAGAAAAGGGCAUGUUUUGUAGAAUUUUCAACUUUCUGAUCAGAAAAGUCAUUAAACAUUCAUAGUUUUUUGGUUAGAGCAGGGGUCAGCAAACUACAAUCCUCAGCCCAGUCCAACCUGCUGCCUGUUUUUAUAAAUAAAGUUUUAUUGAGACACAG